AUGAACGGCAUUCGCCAAGUUCAGCAGCUCAACAAGCGCGAACUUGAAAAUGCCAUACCUCCGGAGGCAUCAUGGCAUGCGGACUACCGCGACACGGCAUACGUCUAUAUCGGCGGACUUCCAUUCGAUCUAUCCGAGGGUGAUAUCGUGACAAUAUUCUCUCAGUAUGGAGAGCCAGUCCACGUUAACUUGAUCCGCGACAAGGAAACUGGCAAAAGUCGUGGCUUCGCGUUCCUCAAAUACGAGGACCAGCGCAGCACAGACCUUGCAGUCGACAACCUUGGAGGUGCAACGGUCAUGGGUCGUAUGCUACGAGUUGAUCAUACACGUUACAAGCGGCGCGAUGACGAGGAAAAGGACAACAAUGUCGCAAAGCUGAUGGGCGAUACGGCUAUCGAAGAAGGCACACGAGGUGACGACGGCGACCACAGGCGCAGAAGAGACAGCCCUGGCAGGGAAGAGCCCCGGCCUAUGUUGAAGGAGGAGAAGGAACUCCAGGAUUUAAUUGUCAACCAUGACGAGGAAGAUCCUAUGAAGGAGUUCUUAAUCGAGGAGAAGAAAGAAGAGGUGGCGCUCGCGAUUGCCAAGUACAAAAGCAGCGAGAAAAAGUCUUCCCGACGGCGUGAUAGCAGAGAGCGGUCCAGUCGGCAUCAUCGACGGCACCGAUCUCGAUCGCGCGAACACAGACAUCGGGAUGAUCGCUCACUGGACCGGGAGAGAAAACCUCGGCGCCGCUCGACAGAGAGAGAGGAAAGGUUGUCUCAGGAGAGAUCGGAACAUAGACAGGUCUACGAGAGAUCAUUCGCGAGAUAG